CUGACAACUGCUCCAAUUUAUUAUCGCAACAAACAUGAUGAAGCAAAGUGAUCUUGUUAAGCCAAAAUCGCUAGAAGAUUGCGGCAGCCAUGGAUACACCAAUGAUGAAUUUGAGGAGUACAGUGAAGAGGAAAUGCUUAGUGAAGAAGAACCAAAUGAAAACUUGUGUAUGUCCCCAAAGAAAGAAGGUUCAUGUGAAGAAUUGAACAAGUUACAAGCUUCUAGUGCAGAAGAACCAAAUGAAGAUGGUUCAUCUGAUGAAGAACCAGCGGAAGAAGUUCCAUUUGGAGAUGAAUUUGAUGAUGAAGAUUCAUGUCCAGAAGAACCAUCUGAAGAAGAUCCGAUUGAAGAAUCUGAAGCAGAAACUGCAGAAUAUCCAACAAAUGAGAUAACAUUAGAAAAAGUCAGUGAUGAAGAUCCAUCAGAUGUAUCAUUUGAAGAGAUUGUUGAAGAAGAGUCCUCCGAAGAAUCAGAGGAGGAACCUAAUGAAGAAGAGCCUUUGAGUAGUUCUAUGGAUCAACCACCUCGUUUGCUCAAAGAAAAUAAAGCAUCAGAUCAGAUAAUUUCAGCAUCAAAACCUUCUGCUGAAUCUUCUUUUAAUCAUUGUCAAAGGGAAUCAAAUAACCUCUCUACAGAUGCAACUGUUUCCAAGCAACCGGGUGAUCCAUUGACUUCUAGAAAGAAAAGGCGCAGUGGAUGGGAUAUGAAGGCCGAGACUCCAAUGCUAUUAAAUGAGUGUGGUGACCAAGAUAAAAAAAGGAGUAGAUGGUCCAGUGAUACAAAGGCCGGGGCUUCAAUUCCAGAGAAUGAUAAUACUGUCCUAAAUAAAAGUAGGAGAACUAGAUGGUCCAAUGAUAAAACUCAGUUUAACUUUUCAGAUACUGUAAAGCUUCCAGAUUCUGUGAAGGAUAUUUUAUCCAACGUACACAAUGACAAGCGCAUAGAAAGGUUGAAUGCAAAGCUUCAAGAGAUACACCAAAAGCUUGAGGGUAGUAUGAUAAUCAAUAAGCCACAGAAAGAAAGUUCCUCAUCUCCACAACCUAUUGAUGUUGGACUUGAUUUAAAUGAGUCCAGUGUCCGUUUGAAGCUCUUGAAGCAGAAGAAUGAGAUCAUUUUGGAACUUCUUAGAAAGAUAAAGAAGGAAGAUCAACCUAAACAUCGUUCAAUACAUAGUUACAAAUUCUGCAAGAAGUUAUACAUUCCUUUAAAGGAAUAUCCCAAUUAUAACUUUGUUGGUCUUAUACUUGGUCCUAGUGGGAAUGGCUUGAAGAGAAUGGAGGCGGAGGCGGGGGCCACAAUUCUUAUAAGAGGUAAAGGUUCAGAUAUUAGGGAUAAAGGAAGCUCGAGUGAUGAUGAGCUGCACGUCCUGAUACUAUCAGACAGCCAGAUUUGUUUAGAUGCUGCUGUAAGUAUGGUGGAAAAGCUUUUGGUUCCUGUUGAUGAUUCUUAUAAUUAUCGUAAAUCUGCCCAACUGAGAGAGCUUGCUGAGUUAAAAGGGAUUCGGGUACGAAAAUCAUGGGAGAUGGACCCAUGUGUCAUCUGUGGUAUGCCAAGCCAUCCAACCUCUGCUUGCCCCCUCUCUGCAACGGAAUCAAAAACCAGUCCUAACUAUCUCACGGGAUCUGGAAGUUUAUUUUCUUCUUUUAAAAGUCCACCAAUUUCUCCUCCCCCCCUGCCUUCUGUGGUUAAUGCACAUGGUGACAAACCGAAGGGUUUUGAUCUUGCUAAUCUCUUCGUAGGUCUUCUUCCUCAAUCUGUCACUAUUGAUAAAUUAAAGGAGCUGUUCCUGCCUUAUGGAACCAUUUGUUCAGCGACAGUGCUAAUGGAUAAGAGCACCGGCCGAAGCAAAGGGUGCGGCUUUGUUAAGUAUACUAAUGCCAGUGAUGCUUCGAAUGCUAUAGAAAAAAUGAAUGGUUACUUGAUUGAUGGUAGGAAACUAGCAGUUAGAAUAGCAGGAACCUUUGCACCUUCCAAUGCAAAUCUGCCAAAUAAUGCUGGAUUUGUUUCUAUUCCCCCUCCAUCUUUGAUUUCAAAUCAGCCAAAAUUUCCAUGCUUGCCUUAUAUUCCUCAAUUUUACAAUGCAAAUCUGCCAAAUUAUCAGGGAAUAAAUCCACCAUCUACUUCAAAUGUAAAUCUUCCAAAUUAUCUUGGCCUUGCUUCUAUUCCACUUUCUUCAAAUGCAAAUCUGCCAAAUUGUUCGGAACUUGCCGCCAUUCCUCAAACGAUUCCUAAACCAAAUAGUUGGCCAGGUCCUGCAGGUUCUGAACUUGCCGCCAUUCCUCAAUCGAUUCCUAAACCUAAUAAUUGGCCAGGUCCUGCAGGUUCCAUGCUUCCGGAAUCUGGUAUUUCUUUUCUUAAGAGCAACUAUAAUUCAUUUACGUGCACUGAAAGUGUGCCUUUGCAGUCUCCAAAAUCCCUUGUUUCCUCAUUCCAAACAUCUCUUGUGAAGGAUGGCUACAUGAUGGAUGGGAAGAAGCUAAACGUUGAAAAUCUACCAAACCCUUCCCCAUUAUUGAGUGCAAGUCUGCCAAAUUAUCCACAAUUUGCAGCCAUUCCUACAGAGAUUCCUGGUUCCAUACUUCCUGAAUCACGCACUUCUUUCCCCACAAACAGUUAUAAUUCAUUGAAGCACACUGAAAGUGUGCCUUUUAGAUCUUCCACAUAUCUUGGUUCCGCUUGUCAAACAUCAAUUUCAUCAUCCCAAUUUCAUGGUGUCACUGCAAUAUCCAAUGAACUCGCUACUUUUCCUGGUUAUCUUAAGAGCAUCGACCCUCCAAAUCAACUCGAUCAAUCAAUACCUUCAAGCAGUCUGUCAUCUCAAGCAGCUUAUUUUACUGAGAACUUUUCUGGCAACCAUAUUAGUCCUGAUUGGCGGUAACCAUGAUCAUUCUGCAUUAAACUGAAUUCAGUAGAUAUGUUCUAAAUCUAUGGCUGAAGGUACAGAUCUUAUAUUUUUUUUUAUUUUAAUUCAUCAAUCUUGGUGAGAUCCUAGUUAUAAGUAAGGCUGCUAAGUACAGAUUGUGGAAUAUCCGUUUGUGAAGAAAUAUAAAAAAAAUAUGCCCUGGAAGGUGCAGAGCAUUGAAAUGUGCAUGGCUGUAGCUUCUUACCAUUUCAUCAUUUGGUUUGCUUUCGCAGGGACAGCUGAGUUAUUUUAUUGCUGCGUUUGGAUAAUUUGCUACUGAUUAUGGAAAGAAACUUAUGACUGGCCAUGUAUGUUAAUCAUUCUCUUUAUACGUUUUGUUCAGUUUCUUUGUUUUACUGAUGAGAGGUUUUUAGCCUUUUCAAGGAUUUGAAUCAGAUGCACAUUUUAUUUUCCUUUGAAACUUUUAAAUUUUUACAGU